GUGUUUUGAAUGAAUAGCUGAAAAGCAGAUUUCCGCCCAGGAUCCGUCCAGUUGAGACACAUCCGGGACACUCUGGUUCCAAAAACAAACAGAUCCCUACGCUCAGUGGCGCUGGUGGAAAGUGCUUGUUCACUACACCCAGUGUGAGCCACUGUAGCCAGUCAGCGAGCGAGCGAUGGAGGGGGGAGGCAGUGUUUCGUGGAUGAAAUAUGGGCCUGUUGUGUCCCUGUUUGUGGUUAUUUUGGCCCUCUGGUUCCGGUCACCCCAGAAUGAAGACCUGGACGACCGGUUGGACACGGUCCUGUCCUCUCUUCUCCGGGCUGAACAGAAAGUCGGGAUGAGCAACGUCGUCAGACCGAAAGUGGCCGUUGGUUUUGGAGGUUGUGUUGACCUGAUAGUGGAUGGGGUGUCAUUGCUUAAUAAGAUUGGCCUCCCUCCCACAGACCAGCCCCUGCAUCAUGACUACAUAGAAAACGCUGAACAGUUGGCUCAGAGCUUUGCCUACUUCUUUGCGCCAGGAGCAGCUGCAGAGCGUUUCAUGUUGAAUGACACUCUCUUUAGUGAGCUGGUUGAGGCCUCCCGUGACCUACCUGGGAACAGAUGGUCAGUAGGCGGUAAUGCUCCGGUAAUGGCUGGUCGUAUGGCAACUGAAGGAUGUGAUGUGUUGCUAGGAGGAAGCUUCAGCCCCGACUUUACAGAUGUCCUGUCCCAGCACAUCACAGUGGCAGGUAAUAUUCUAGACGAGCCAGACAUUCAUCUGAUCCUAGAGUAUCCAUCUGGAGCUAGCUGGGGGCACUAUACGUCACGAAGAGCCAACAGAUAUAUCAUCCACAGUGAUGACCAUAACCCCUACCUGGACUCCAUGGAGGAAUUUGCUGAGAAACUCGGAGACUUCAAACCAGAUUUGCUAGUGGUUGGUGGGCUGCAAAUGAUGGAUAACUUCCCCUUUCAGUCAGGUGAACGGGACGCUCUCUUCUCUCGCCUGGCCGACCUGCUGUCCUCCUCAUCUCCUCAGAUUGGUGUUCAUUUUGAAAUGGCCAGUUUCGUAGAAGAGAGUAUAAUGGAAGACCUGCUUCACUAUGUCAUUCCACACGCGGACUCUUUGGGGAUGAAUGAACAGGAGCUUCCCAACCUGCUCAGCCUGCUGAAAGGCUCCAACAUCACAGUGUUGUCAGACCCAAACCCUCGUGUAGCUACUGUCCUCGACCAAAUGAGGGAGGUCUAUCGCAUUCUGAACCAGCGCUACAAGGAUGCAAAUGAUGCUAGUGUAGAAAGUGACACAAACAGUUCUAAAGCUAAGGGUAAGCCGUUGACUCGCCUCCACGUCCACACACUGGCCUUUCAGGCCAUGAUCGUGACCCGUGGCUCUCAGUGGAAGAACACCAUGUCAGCCACGGCCAAGGCCUCUCUCACAGCUAACCGCCAUGUUUGUGGCUCUAAUGACAUUGACCCCAGCAAGGCGAGGCUCAUCAUGGAUGACUCAUUCUCUGUAAGCCGGCAGGAGGGCAGCCAGCGUAUCCCUUUGCAAGAGACCAGGCCCGUCAGCUGCUGGGAUGAGGAGGAUUAUGAGAUCUGUGUGGCACCUGUGCUGGUGUGCACUGAGGUUUACCAAACUGCAGGUGGAGGGGACAACAUCUCAGCUGCUGGCCUUGUGCUGCAGAUCUAGACAAGGAGACUACAUGUCCUAUUUGUGUGUAAUGCUAACUAGAUGUUGGCAACAAGGUGACUCUGGAAACUUGAUCUGAGUGUGAUGGCAAAAUAGCUGUUUUGGCAAACACAGGUACUGAAAGGUAUCAGGCUAAUGCUAUCACACUUGCAGCUCAUGGCCCAGGUGGACUAUAAGGAAAACUGAUUGUUAUCACUCAUAGGAGUCAGAUGAUCGGGUACAGUGGUUAUUAAUCAGGUUAACCCACUAUAUUUUAAAUACAUGGGCUCAGUAUUGAUUUUUGAAAGAGAUAAAGAAAAACUCAAAUAUUACAGUUUUGUAAACUGAGUAAAGUCUAUCUUAACCAGACUUUCUUCAGGUAAUGCUCAGUGUGGUGUGUGAGUGUGUGCAUUGUGUUGUGACUUAUACAUAUAAUAAUAUGUAUUUUGUUGUGUCUUUGCCUGAGUGCAAAGCCCUCAGGUAUACAGUUUAUUUGAUUUUUAGGACCGCCUUGGCACAUACCAACCAUCUUUUCCAAGUCAUUGUAGCCCAUCAUCUGACUCUGGUGAUUUUAAUAACCUGUCUUCCUCUUUUUCUCCUUGACCUUACAAGACUUGGCCUUCAGUCAGGAUGAGAUGAAGAGGGAUGAGGUUUGGAUAAAGUCAUUUUUACAGAGCCAUGCUGGUAGAUUGUGGCAUGUUAUUUUUAAAUUGUGUAUCAAGACUUUGAAUGCAUCAUCGGUCUGCUGUAUUUGCAGGGUCUGACAGCAGGGUUAUACAACCUCUGCUCUAAGAUACACUGUCUUUGCAUAAUUUAAACCUGUGGCUCUACUAUGCAGCAGAUUUAUCCAGAGUUGUGUAAUUACUGGAACAGCUGAAUCUUUGGUUUCUUGGCAGCAUGUUUAUUAGGUGUUUUCACCUACUUAAAAUCGACAGGUCCCACCACUGCACAAGCCUUUGCCCUCACCUACCUUGCAGCAAAUGCAGUUUCAGAGGAGCCAACCUAAGGCUGACAAGUUAACAGCCUGGCAGUUUUAAAAGAUCAUAUCAACUAUUUUAAUGAGAAGGUUCUGUCCUGCCUCUUCCCUCUCCUGUCUCAUUCUCAAAGAAAGACUUCAAGUAGAAAGCUGGUGAGGUGAUCACCUCCUGUUCUUCCCAAUAUAUGUGAAAAAUGCUGGUUUGGGUGAGUUUGAUUUGCUCCAGGAUUGUCAUUCCUCUGUGAGUCAUUUGCAGUGCAAUAAUGCAAAAGCUAUGUUAAGAGACCACUGUUGGUAGCUGGAUAUGAUGUCAAAAAUUUCUUCUCUACCUCCACGCUCUUUCUGUUUCACCAUCCCUUUUUCCGCUCUUCUUGUUGUUGUCUCUUUCCCAUGUUUCUUUGUCACAGUUUUCUAUUAUUUGUCAUAUUGCUUCCUUGUUUCUUCCCCUCUUCUUGUGUUUGUUUAUGGCUCUUUAAGGACCAAAUGACCAGUGUGUGUAGACAACAUUACUGUUCACAAUAUGGCUGUACACAGUGGAACCAAAUCUCAUGUGUUUUAGAUUUUUCUAAGUUAGUAACAUGACAUUGUAAGCUUGACUUGAAGCCAUGGUGCUACUCACCAUCAAUGGAGUAGUGGACCGCACUGAAAUUAUAUUUUCCAUAUUUAGUCUUCAUCUCACU